GAGUGUGUGCUCCCUCCAGCCUCUAGCCGCCACUCUAGCGUCAGGGAGAGAAGAAAGCCUGUUGUUUCUUGCGCCGCGGUUUGACGGUGUCGAAGAGAGAUUUCGAUUAGCGUCGCUGGCGAACGAGUGACUCUCUCACAUUAUUGUCACGCGUUCGACCAAAGUAUCACGACGUGCCUUCGAAGCCGACGUACGCAACGAAACGGAACGAACUCGUCGUACGUCGAAUCCGUUUCCUAACCUCUCUAUCGACCUCGCCGCGGAGUGACGACCGUACGAGCAGCGUUCUGUUUACCGAGGCUUUGUUGAGAAGAAAGGAAGUUCUUUUUUCCAGAGUAGUGUAUUGGCGAUUUUAUCUAUCGUCAUUAACUGCAUCACCAUGACAGGUGGAAACACCACUGAAAAGUCGGCUAAUAAUCCGCUGGAGCAGUUCGUGCUACUUGCGAAAACUGCGAAGGGCGCCGCCGCCAUAGAGCUCAUAAGGCAGGCCGUUGAAACGCCUGGGGUGCAUGUCUUUGGCGAAUUACUGGACAUGCCAAACAUCAAGGAGUUGGAGAACGGACCUUACGUCCAGUAUUGGAACACCCUGAAUCUGUUUGCGUACGGCACCUACAAAGAUUAUCUGGAAAAUAAGGAGAAAGUGUUGGAGUUGACGCCUACGCAGAAAAAGAAACUACAGCACCUCACAAUUGUCACUUUAGCCACGAAAAACAAAUGUAUACCCUACUCGGUGUUACUGGAGGAGCUGGACAUAAAGAAUGUCAGAGACCUGGAGGACUUGAUUAUCGAGGCGAUAUACGCCGACAUAAUUCAUGGGAAGUUGGAUCAGAAAAAUUCACAGUUGGAGGUCGAUUACGCCGGUUUGGGACGGGACGUCCGGCCGGGUGAUACCGGCGUGGUAGCCGAGACGUUAGCCGCCUGGGGCGAAGCGUGCGAUACGGUUCUGUCGUGUAUCGAGGAGCAAAUAUCUAGAGCUAAUGUCGAGAAACAAAAAGCUACUUAUCACAAGGAGAGAAUACAAAGAGACAUAUCUAAUAUAAAGAAAUCCCUGGCGACUCAAGCAGGAGGCGGUGGCAUUCAAGAGGCUGAUAUGGCUGGUGGUAGUUCUGGGGCGGGUGGAAGCGAAGCGAGUAGAGAAGCCAUGCCGGUACUGUCAGAAAAGAAGAAGUUACAGAAAGUCAAAUGUAUCAAAGUCGGUGAUUAUGAAAUGAAUGAUGAAUGAAAAGAUUAUGAGUGAGAAAGGGUAAUAUUGAAACGAAUUUAUUAAUUAUAUAUACAUAUACAUAGUAUAAUCCAAAUGCCGAUUCGAGAAUCCUUUAUGUAUUUGAAAUAUUGAGUUUGCAUAGACUUUUGGAGCAAAGGGAAAUAAUAUUUUAUACAACGUGUUCUAAGUAUAUAGCAUCGAAUUGUACACAUUAAAUAUGUGAGAGUACUCGAUUUUGUGACAUUUAUGGACUCGAUGUUAUAAUAACGAAUAAACUCAAAAGUACAUUUUCUUAUUAAAAUACAUUUGUAAGAUUAAUUUAUUGACGCACGCACACACACACAUACCUACACCCACACCCAUACACACAUCGGUAUAAGAAACUUGAAAAAACCUGACAUUGGAGUAUGAAUUUCCACUUUAAUAACUACAAAUAUUUAGCGGAGAGUGUAGAAAGAGCGAUAGCUUUCAUACUACUUUUACUGUGAUCAUUUAAAAUAUCACGACUAGUAUUUGCUGUACAAGCCAUUUCUCAGUACUGUUAGCAUAAAAUUUAGCGUUCAUUCACGGAAUUGUUUAUUUAUUUACAUUGAGAACACAAAGUAAUAAUAUGUACGAGGUAUACACGUAACGAGAGAUAUAUGUGAUGAUUGUCUUUACAUCGAGCAUUUGAAAAAAAAACAUGAAUCUUUCCUUUGUGACAAAGAUAAUUUUGUAGGUAAGCUUGAAUAUUCUUGUAAUAUACCUGUUAAUUUUUUUAGACCAAAGACCAUCAUGUUUUGUGUUUGUAGGGCGUGAAGAAUUUAAUUAGGAUUUGACGAUUCUCUAGAUGAAUUUGAUAAAUAAUGCAACGUGUAUUGCAUAUUUAUCAAUGCAUACGUGCCUACCCAUUGCCAGUUAUCACAUAAAACGGUAUGCCCAUUGCGACGAGUUGGCUUACGUGUACUUCCAACGGUAGUACCGUUCGUACUGUUUGCGUUCAGACUUUACAGAUUCUCGUUUCGUAAGGGUUUGUAGUCGCUAAACAUUUACUGACGGAACAAUGCGUAACUAGUCGGAGAGAUCGUUUUUGAAGAAACUUGUAUAUUCAAAAAAUUGUAAAGGUAUGCCACUGAUGUAGCUUAGCAAAAAAAAAAUGUCAGUUCGUUAAAGCGUUGUAAUGCUAUUCGAAUAAAAAGAUAAUAUAUUUUA